UUUACCAUACUUGCACUGGCUCUUGAGGUUGCUGGCUCCUUAGUGAGAACGUCACAACAACACGUCCCUGGCAUUGUAGUUCUUUUGUGGAGAAUUUUACUGAACAGAGAGCAGAGACAUGUCAUCGGUAAUUCUAAUCACGUCUUUUCUGGCGAUAUUGUCCUCAGGUGUGAUGGCGUUACUUCCGAUGGAGCAGAGCAUGAAUGCCGACAUCAUGGCUGACGUUAUGGACCUCAGAAGAAAGAUAAUGAAACAUCAGAUGUUAUUGGCUUCUAUUAGAGGGAUAAAAGGUGGGAAUCAGAUUCUCCCUGCAGCUGCGAUUGGUAUGCGAGACUUCUUCCCACUUUUAGGAGGUGCUUUCCCUCCACAAGCAUCAGGAACAAGUGGAUCACAGAUAGGUGGAAGUAUGCCAGAAGUACCACCAUCAUUUCAAAAUCUUGGAAUCGCAAACCAAGGAACCGCACCACAAAAGAAUACUGGGAAACCUUCGAAAAAGAACAGCUCUAUAAAGAAUAUAGACCAGAGCAGUGGCACUGUUUCAUCACCAACACCAGAAGCUAUUAAUACGAUGAUUUCAUCAUCAAAUAAUCAGUUCUCAAUGGCCGAUUUAUUGAAGAAUGGACCAAUUGGUGGAUCUAGUAACAAUCCAAUGGUUCCCCCUGUUAAUACUAACCUACAGAUUAAAGGCUCAUCAAGAACCCCCAAGGGGCAAUCAGUGUCAGGUCAAGGGAAGGGAACAAAACCGGUAAAAAACCCAACCAAAGCUGGAGCUUCACAGAUAUCAGCACCAUCUGGUAAUGCAGGACAACCUGCCAUGCCUUUUCCACAGCAAUCGAGUCUUUCAGCUUUCAGGAAGUUCUAUAUACAACAAGAGUUAUGCUCUGAAACACCGUCCAGGCUAACAACGAUGUGCAGCACGACGCUUGAUUGCAGACAUAACAUGCAAUGCUUUUCCGGAAGAUGUUGUGCUUCUAGUCACAUACAUGCUGAAAUACUGGACAACAUGCUUGAACAGCCAGGAAUGCGACUGUGAGGACCCGAUAUAUAAAUAUAGGUCUGUGCCAUUGUGACAUCCACUUUUUCAUUUCUAUAUUUAUUCAUGAAGUGAGAUGUAUAUGAAUUAAUCAUAUACAUACAACACUGUUUCCAUUUUUUUCAUUUUUUGCUAAUUUAUAUGCUUGCUACGUGCUCAGAAGCAGAGACUUUUAGUUAUUUAUGGUGCUUGUGUCGUUGGCACAGCUGUUUAAUGCUUGUUAAUAAAUUUUAAAAGAUUUGUA